AUGGUACUUACUUUGAAGAAAUUAAUUCCUCAUAUCCGCGUGCUUCCUGAAGAGGAUGAUUUAGCGACGGGCGGACAAACAGUUACUUCAACUGACGAAGACUCUAAGUGUGAGGAUGGUUCUGCAAAUCUUAGAACUACUACUAUUGAGACGGAUUUGUUGACGCUUAAGCACGGCGUACCCUAUGAGUUGAGAGAUGAGGGGAAGCGUAGCUGGUGGAAGUUCUUCAAUGAGUUUGAGUACCGAAACAACUCGGAAUACACAGAUAAAAGAAAAUGGUAUACUUUUAUCUACCCGCACUACGAUACUCAGACGCCAGCUGAGCGCAGGUUGCUUUUCAAGUUGGAUAUUAUGCUUGCCCUGUACUGCUUCAUGUUGUGUUGGUCAAAAACUGUGGAUCUUUAUAACUUCUAUAAUACCUAUGUUUCCGGCAUGAAGGAGGAUUUACAUAUGAAGAAUAAUGACUACAGUGACACUAGUGUAUACACGAAAGUUGGCUCUAUUGUGUUCCUACUUCCCUUCAUGUAUAUACUACCCCGGUGGCCUUCUAAUUAUGUUCUUCCCGCGAUGGACUUAGGCUGGUCUAUAUUUACGAUUGCCUGCAGUGCGGUCCAUAAUCUAGAUCAGCUGAAGGCAUGCAGGUUUAUGGUGGCUGCAUUUGGUGCAGGAUAUUACCCAGUUACGCAAUAUGUCUUGGGUUCAUGGUAUGCUGCAGAUGAGCUUACGUCUAGGGUGUAUUUGUUUUUUGUUGGGCAAUUACUAGGGAUAAUUACAGCUGGUUUUUUACAGGCCGAUAUCUACAAGGCGUUGCACGACGUGUGGGGGAUCGCCGGUUGGAGAUGGAUGUAUCUAAUCAACGGUGUCGCCAUUUCGCUGCCAACAGCAAUUAUUGGGUUCUACGCUCUUCCUGGUGUCCCAUCCCAAUGCUACUCAAUAUUUUUGACCGAUGAGGAAAUCAGAAUAGCGAGAUCUCGUAAUGAAAGGCAGCAAAUUAAGGAUACCAUGCAAAGCUCUGAAUUUUCUUCGCUUUUUUCCUUAAAAUUAUGGAAGCGGGUUUUAACAUCAGCUAGCUUUUGGAUCUUAUUAAUGAUGGAUCUAUGUUCUUGGAAUUGUAUGACAGCGCUGAGUGAUGGCUAUGGCAUUUGGCUCCAUUCGAUGCAAAUGGAUGGUCUCUAUAGUACCAUCCAAGUCAACAACCUUUCUACUUUACCAAGCUGCCUCGGAUUUGUCUAUGUCUUUAUAUGUGCCGUUGGUGUAGAUUUCUUCAGAAGCAGGUGGUUUUUCCUCGUCCUAGGAAACUCUAUUAAUAUCUUAGUAUGUGGACUUCUAAUCAAGUGGGAGAUUUCCACAGGUGCCAAAUGGACCGCCUUUUUGCUUUCAUUUUGGUCUAUUGCUGCAACCCCCUGUCUCUGGUCUAUGAUCAAUGACAUAUUUAGGAUGGAUCCUCAGAUUAAGGCUAUAUCAUGGGUCAUAAUCUAUUCGUUUGCCCAAGCAACCUAUACUUGGGUUUACAGUAUUGCUUGGAAAACAGAAUAUGGACCAAAGUAUAGAGCUGGCUAUAUAUCAUCGUUGGUAUUUGCAGCAGUAUUCACUAUGGCUACCUUUGUUGCCUUGUAUUACUAUAAGAAGCAAGAAAAGAAACACGCUCUCGGUAACGGAAUCAUUCUCUAUGAUUCCAGUAGAGAUGAAGACGUUCCAGAAUUUGUUAACGAAGUCAUGGAGAAAAGAGAGAACUAUUAUUACCUAAAAGAAGCCUCUUUGGAUAAAGGUGAAGCAAAUUCGCAGCUCAAUGUUUCUAAUGCGUAA